AAGUUCCCCAGUUAACGUCAGCGAAGAUGUAUCGGCGCGUGAGACCGCGGGUUUCAUCAGGCUAAAGGAGGAGCGGCGAGGGUUCAUCUGCGAAACUUUAUUGAAGUGCGAGCCGAUACACUCGGGACAAAAGGACAACUUCGCCCUCGUGUUUCGCAAUGGCCGACAAAAUCGAAAGUUUGGAUGUGACGUCCUGGAGAGUUUCCAAUUGCCAGAACAGAAAACACAUGUUAUGUGGUGCUCAUUAGGGAAGAAAACGGGCGCCUUCCGGUCGUUCAAACGAAAGCGUUUAAAACGGUCUUCAGACUCCCGGCCUGAACUAGUGUACACUUUCAUCGAACAAGCUGUACAGCCAGGUGCACAGGUGGCGCUCAAGUGCUCCGUGGUGGGAGAGCCGCCACCUCGCUUCAGGUGGAACCUGGAUGGACUGCCGAUACCAGCUCAUCACGGUGCCAUCAUAACCGAGGGCCGUGAAAGUGGCCCAGCUGGCGUGGGUGCAAGCGGCAACUACGUGCUGUCUACGCUGUCACUUACCAGCGCGCGCGUGGAGCACGGCGGCAGAUACGAGUGCCGCGCCACCAACGUGCACGGGUCCAUCGCUCAUGCUGCCAGGCUCAAUGUUUAUGGUCCACCUUAUAUCAGAGCAUUGGCGCCUGUGAAAGCGGUUGCCGGGUCUGAAGUGACCAUUUGGUGCCCCUACUACGGAUUCCCUGUUGAGUCAGUGAAAUGGGAAGGAGGUGCCGGGGCGGACUCUCGCUACCAGCAGAUGGGUGGUCAGCUGACCAUCCACAACGUCGACCGGAAUAGGGACAAAGGCACGUGGACAUGUUCCGUCCUAACCCCUGGGGGAGAAUUGGCGAAGAGAGAAGUUCAAAUAACAGUGGUGUCCCCCCCGGUACUAUCUCCCGUGGUGUUUCCCCCCGGCCUGAGGGCAGGGGACCGCGCGCAAUUGACCUGCAGCGUCACUUCAGGGGAUAUGCCCGUCUACUUCUCGUGGCUCAAGGAUCAGAUGCCCAUUUCUAGUGUACUUCAAGUGGAAGAGCGAGGCGCAGAAUUUUACAGCAUGUUGAUCUUCAAAACCCUGACCGCGGCCCACAGCGGCAUCUACACAUGCGUGGUAACGAACACAGCCGGCAAGGCCAAUACUUCCGCCGAGUUAGCCAUCAAAGUGCCACCAUACUGGCAAAUUGAGCCGAGCGAUGCAUCAGUGCUGCUUAACGGAUCACUCACGGUGAGCUGCGAGGCGCGCGGGCAUCCAUCUCCGGCUAUUUAUUGGACCAAAUUUUCAGGUACCACAGAGACGAGUCUAGGUGGAGUGUCAGACCCAGUGGUCCUUAGCAACGGUUCGUUGAGGCUAGAGACCGCUCGAGCUGAGCAUUCGGGGAAGUACCGGUGCAGGGCCGAUAACGGAGUGGCCCCGGCGCUUUCGAAAACUUUAAAUAUUCAUGUUAAUGAACCAGCAAGAUUUGAGACACCAUCUGCAAACGUGACAGCCAAGCUGGGAGAAACGGUUCGUUUGGCCUGUGUGGCACGCGGAGACACUCCUCUCUCUACCACUUGGAGUCACUCUGGGAGGGCUUUGCCCAAUUCAGAUUACAGAAUGAGCAUAUCAGAAACGCGGAGUGCCGAGGGUCUGAGAAGCGAGCUCGUUGUGGAGCGCGCGGAUCGCCGGGACUCCGGAGUGUAUCGCUGCCAGGCCUCCAACCCUUAUGGACGGUCCGACCACUUCGUCCAUUUGGCAGUGCAAGAACCACCGGAGCCACCGGCGAAUUUCCGCGUCCUCGAGACCUCCUCUCGUUCAGUGAGGCUGCAAUGGCGGCGGCCGUACGAUGGAAACUCCCCAGUGCUAGGCUACGUGGUGCAGUAUAGAAAGCAUGACUCUAGCAGCGCCGACUCCUGGAGAGAUGCUGACACGCACAAUGUGUCGGUGUCAGCGCAUUCUAUUGACUCCUACGCUGAAACUGAAGGAGCAACAAUCACGGGCCUGGAGCCAGCGACGGCCUAUUUAGUCCGGGCGCGCACGGUCACGGCACAGUUCGCUUCGGCUCACACCCGGGCGCUGCUCGCGCUAACGCUGCACGAGCCGCCUGCGCGCGCGCCGCUCAGUCUAAGGGCGUCUGCGCCGAGGCCGUCUACUAUUGAACUUGCUUGGCAGGCUCCACCAUCGUCAUCAUGGAACGGGGAACUGCUGGGCUAUACGGUGUGGUGGUGGGCGUCUGCCGACGGAACCCUGGCAGGGGGUUCCAACGUCGGCAUGGAGUUUGCUACCGUGAGGGGACUCAUCAACAAGUACACUAUUGAGAGCCUGGAACACUAUACUAGGUACUCUGUGAGUGUUCGAGCCUUUAAUAGCGCUGGCGCUGGUCCUGCGACUGCUCCCGUGAACACGCUGACACAAGAGAGUGUCCCAUCAGAGGGUCCUCGGGCAGUGCGGUGUCGCGCGGUAUCCCCUCAAAGCCUGAAGGUGGAGUGGUCGCCGCCGCCGGCGCAUGCACACCACGGCGCUUUGCUCGGCUACAAGCUGCUCUACCGCCCGGAACACACGACUGAGUGGCUGGAGUGGGAAGUGCGGGGUAGUGGCACGGUGACAGCGGGCGCGGGCGCAGAAGUGAAGCGGGUAGCGGGAGUAGAAACGCUCCUGCUCGCACUGAGACCGCACACGAACUACACAAUACAAGCGCUAGCGUAUACUGCAGCGGGCGACGGCGUGCCCGCUCAUCCUAUACAUUGUACCACGCAGCAAGAUGCACCAGGACCACCUGCCGCUGUGAAGGUGGUGGCAACAUCAGUCACUUCUCUUGCCGUGAGCUGGCUGCCCCCCAGUCGGCCUAACGGACCGAUUCUUUACUACACAGUCUUCUAUCGAGAGCUUGGCAGGGACCGCCCGCCUCAAACCACGACCAUUCAAGCCGAGGAUGGCGACGCAUCAGUAGGCUUGGGAGGGUCGACGGAGCUGAGGUCCCUGUCUGAGGGCUCCACGUACGAGGCGUGGGUCGCUGCGCACUCCGCGGCGGGAGAAGGCGAACCCUCGGCCCCGCAGCCUACAACUAUUACGUCAAGAGCGGGUGCCAAGCUGCUAUCGUUUGGAGUGUGGGCUCGGGUACAAUGUGGGCACUCGCUUCGCCUGGCGUGCGCGUGGCGCGGUGACCCUGCGCCCAGGGCUAGGUGGCUGCGGGGCGACCGGCCUGUCACACACGAUCCUAGGACGCAUCUAACGCCACACGGUCAUCUUGCGAUACACGAAGUGGACGCCUCCACCAGCGGGAACUACACGUGUUCCGCUCGCAACUCGUUCGGCUCGGAGGAGGUUACGUACCGCGUGGAGUGCGCGGCCCCGCCCGCUGCGCCUGCGAUGCAGUUGGACCACGCUGCGCAUAAAGAAGCGCGAUUAACUUGGCGCACCACGCACCAUCCUGCUGCGCCGCCGCAUGGUUUUACAAUCUGGUGGGUGCGAGUCCGCGACGACUCAGGCGAGGGCAUCGAGCCAGCCAGCCUGAGAGAUGAAGAGCGCAGGUUAGAAGCAGGGGGCGAAGCGGCCAGCGUAGUAUUACGCGCGCUAGCUUGUGGCGCCACCUAUUCAGUGCGAGCCGUGGCGCACUCCCGCGCAGGCCCCUCGCCACCCUCCGUGCCUCUGCUAGUUAGGACGAAACCACCAGUGUUAGUAUGGGAAGGCGGAGGAGAGGAUACCCAAGAGGAGGGUGCCGAAGCAGCAGUCUGGAGCAACAGCAGUGCUUUAGCAAUAGACGCUCGGCGCGCUGUCCGCUGCGGAGCGCGCCUGGUCCGCCUCCAGUGGCGGAGGGUGGACGCAGGAGGAACUGGCUCUUGGAGGGACGCUGACCUCACGUCGCUGCAUCAUCACCGAGAGGUUCUGAUCGGAGGGCUGACAGCCGGGGCCUGGUACGGGUUGAGGCUUUGGACAGCCACGGACUCAGCUCGCCACCAAGCUGUGUUAUAUGCAGCUACUACAACGCAUUCGGGAGAACGCCUCCGCCGGCCGGUCGCCUUCCAAUCGGAGGGCGGGCCGAUCACAACUGUUGGAGGCAGCGCGGACGCCGAGCGAGUGUUGGGCGCGGUCUCUGUGGCCUUCGCAGCACUGGCUGCUAUAGCUGUUACGGCGCUGAUAGUCGUGUUGUUGGCUAAGAGGAGCACUCUCUGGCCUUGCGGAGGCAACUUGGAGGAGGAGACGCGGCGUUGCAGCCACUCCGUGGCCAGCACCGACAAGUCCGUAUGUCCUGAACAGCAGAACAUAAGGAACUGCCAGCACGACUACAAGCAUGACAAGCUGUCGCCGGCCUCUGACGUAUACGAAAUAAGCCCCUAUGCAACGUUUGCGGUGGGCGGAGAAGCGACAGCCGCAACCCUGGACCACACGCUGCAGUUCAGGACCUUCGGCCACCGCGACAACGACGCGCCACCGCACCGGCCCUGCAGAAAGCACCCUCAGAGACACCGCGAGAGGGCUGAAGUUGAGAAACACCACUCGGAGUGCGAGUUGCAACAGCUAAGCCGCUACGAGAAGGUGCGCCCGCGCCACUGCGCCGCGACUUCUUACUGCGUGCCGCUCUCUCAUCAUGGUGGUGGCAGCGGUAGCGGCGGCGGAGGCGGUAGCGGGGGCGGGUUCUCAGAAGUUUACGCUGGUGACUCCAGCGCUGAGUCAGGCCCCGGCUCUCUCUCCCCGCGGACGCACCACGAGCACAGCUAGCGGUCAACCGCUCACAGUCGAACCACGUCCGACGGCACCCAAUGAAAUGUCAAACUUUAGGCUUGUAUUCUAAAACGAUGCUGUAUAAAGGUGCUAUUCCGAAGUGGACUGCAUGCAUAAAGAAGCAGCUACAUUUAAACCAGUCAUGCCAUCGGCAGCUGCUAUCUGUAACGCUUUGGAAUCGCAUCUUUAUUAUGAAACGAAUCAAGCCUAUGAGUGAACUUAAUAUUGAUUUUUAUUUACAUGCAUGAAAAUGUGCACGAGUAUGAGCGUUAUUU